AUCUUUUAGCGAUUGCAUGCAACGCCCUCAAAUGCCUCAUUUCAGGUGCAAUGGGCUUCCAAAGAGCAGGUUUGUUGGCGAUACAAAAUCUAGCUAUCAUAGCUGCAUCUGAUUUAUCUGUCUUAUUUCUGAGCAGCUCACUUUUGCCAAAAGCUUUCUGGGUUUACUAUACUGACAUUAUGUCCUAAAUCGUGCAUAAAAGUAGCCAAAUCUUCUCCAUACCAACUAGUUGCUUCAAGACAUAAAUGAGUGUGAAAAUCCUUGCUAAAAAUCUCCUUAUUAUUGGUAUUGACCUUAAGAAAUCUCUUAGCUUUGAAGAUUCUUGUCUUUUGUUUAGAGACUGUUGGUCUAUUUUAGAGGUUUUUACACCAUACUUUUUAUCAUCAAAAUUUAUUGUAGGCUUUCUUUUAUUCGAAAGAACACUUUGGGCCUUUGAUCCAUUGGUUCCUUCAGGCCCUUGAGGUGUAGAAAUUGCAGGUUUAACCUUAGUUUCAUCGUAUUCCUUACUCAUCUUUCAUUUCAUUAUGUAAUAUUACUAAUAUUGCAUAAUAAUAGCUAAAUUACAAUUAAUUGCAAGGUAAAAAUAUUAAAACAAUUGUAAAUUUUGUCAGUAAAAAUAUAAUAGAACUUUGAAAUUAGAGGUUCAUCUAUAUGGGAUACAAAAUUGCUGUUAUUGGAGCAACCGGAAGAGUAGGGCGUGAGGUAUUAAGCACGCUUGCUGAAUUUCAAGAUGAGGCGAUAGAUUGCGUUAUUGCACUUGCAUCGAAAAAAUCAGAAGGGAAGAAGGUGAGCUUUGGUGACAAAGAGUUAACAGUUUUAUGCCUUGAGGAUUAUGACUUCGUUGGAACUAAUGUAGCCAUUUUCUGUGCUGGAUCUCAUGUUUCUGAAGAGUAUGUACCAAUUGCAACACAGGCUGGAUGCAUCGUGAUAGAUAACAGUUCCCAUUUUAGAAUGAAAGAGGGUGUGCCACUCAUUAUUCCAGAGAUUAAUAAAGAAAAAAUUAUGGAAUAUAAAAACCACAACAUAAUAUCCAAUCCAAACUGUACUACAAUACAGAUGCUGCUAGUACUACAUCUAUUACACCAAAAAGCAAAAAUAAAGAGAAUCGUUGCUUCAACUUAUCAAUCAACUUCUGGUGCAGGCAAAGCAGCAAUGGAUGAGCUCUAUGACCAGACAAAAAAAAUCUUUAUGAACGAAGCUAAAAAACCCAAGAUAUUCUCUAAGCAAAUAGCAUUCAAUUGCAUUCCCCAUGUAGGAGAAUUCAUGGAAAAUGGUUCUACAGAAGAGGAAUGGAAAAUGCAAGAGGAGACAAAAAAAAUUUUAGAGGAAGAUAUAAAAGUUACUGCAACUUGUGUAAGGGUACCCGUCUUUAUCGGUCACGCUAUGGCAGUAAAUGUGGAAUUUGAUCAACAUAUCACUGAAGAACAAGCUCGUGAAGUGCUAAGUGAAGCCGAAGAUAGUGGAGUUUUAGUGUACAACAGGCGUGAAGAUAGUGAAUACAUAACUCAAAUUGAUGUUGUACAGGAGAAUGCUGUAUAUGUAUCGCGUAUUAGAAGAGACAAUACUGUUGAGCACGGAUUAAAUAUGUGGAUAGUGGCUGACAACCUGCGCAAAGGCGCAGCAUUAAAUAUAGUGCAGAUUCUUGAGAUUUUGAUAAGAGAGCAUUUGUCAAUCAAGUGCAUAUAGAGCGCACGUACGUUGUAAUUCGAAGGAAAUUUGUAUACCACAUGGCAGCGCGUGACGCUGGAAUGGCUUUGUUGCAUCGCUACUUAUGAAAGGCUAACUAUAAUUAGGAUUAUAAGCAACUUAUUGAAAAUCUUGUUUUUUUGCAAUCAAUCUGAUCAAAUUUAAGAAUAGUAAUUUGUUAUUUAUAUUAAUAAAUUUAAUUCUAUUGAAAA